AAUUAAAUUUCGCCAGAGAAAUUGCAAAUGCGAUUUCAUGGUUACAUGUUGAUAAAGAAAUCAUACACGGAGACCUUCAUCCCAAUAAUAUCUUAAUAAAUGAUGGUAAAAUAAAGGUAGCAGAUUUUGGCCGCUCAUGUCAAAAAAAAGAAUCAGUUAGUCAUACUAAAGCAUAUAGUGUAAUACCCUAUAUGAAUCCCAAAUUUUUUGAGCAGAGCCUAAUUCAAAAAUAUGGUUUGACCGAAAAAUCAGAUAUAUAUAGUUUAGGGGUAUUAUUCUGGGAAUUAACAAGUCGUUCAUCACCUUUCAAUUUCGAAAAAAGAUUUGACCGUGAUUCUAUUAAAUUGAUGAUUUUGAAUCGUGUAAGAGAAAAUCCUAUUCCAAAAACAAAUGAUAAAUUCGUUUCACUUUAUAAAAAAUGUUGGCAACAUGAACCAGACGAAAGACCACCUAUUUGUCAAGUAAUUGAAGAACUUGAUAGCAUUAAAGUAAAAUAACACAAGAUAAAGAUUCUGACUUGAACAUUACAACAUAUAGUAAAUAGACUAUUCCAUUUUAUAGUAUUAUUUCUUUUUUUUCAUUUACGAAUACAACUAUAUUUUCGAGUAUAUUUGAAUAGAAAUAAAAAUUUUUCUGCUUAUUGAUAAAU